UGGCCGCCAUCAGAACAGUUCGGGAGUGAGAGGGUUGAACGUAAUUUUGUUGUUAGAUGAAGAGUCAGAUUUCUGCAUCUGUAUGCCCUACUGGCAGUGUCAUGAAAACUACACAGGAUUAUCAGAUAUAGUGACGGAAGUUGCGGAUAUUCGGUCAUUCAGUUCUGCUGAUUCAUCUUCACCAAUCUCUGCAUUCUCAUGCGAGGAUAAAUUCGAUGUUUGCUGUAGGGUAGAGUGCGGACGACGAAGACCCAGUAAUUACGCAGCUGACAUAUAUGGAUUGGGAAACUACGACCUCUACGAGAGGUCCGCGUUUUCCAAGAUCUUCCAACCCAGAAUUUUGGGUUACCAAAACGAGGCCGAAUUCGGAGAGUUUCCUUGGAUGUUGGGAAUCCUUCGGAAUGGAGCAUUUCAGUGUGGUGGUUCCCUGAUUCAUCCGAGAGUUGCUUUAACAGUGGCGCACUGUGUGUACGGAAAAGUUGGAUCGUUCAAAAUUCGAGCCGGAGAAUGGGAUUGGCAGGCGGAAAACGAAGAUCCUCCCCAUCAAGAUCGUUAUGUCAAAAUGAUGGUUGUUCAUCAACAAUUUGACCCUAUCACAGUGAAGAACGACAUAGCUUUAUUAAUCGUUGAAGAGCCAUUCAAACUCUCACAUUCUGUUGGUGUAGCAUGCAUACCACCCUCAAAUGUUCAAUACGGUAAAAUUGAAUGCACUGCUACCGGUUGGGGAAAAAAUUCAUAUUAUGAAGGUACCUAUCAAACCACCCUGAAGAAAACCGUUCUUCCAUUGAUUGAUAGAGACACAUGUACAAAAGCUUUACAACAAGCCAGUUUAGGACCAUAUUUUUCUCUAGAUCCGAGCUUCAUUUGUGCUGGUGGGGAAGAAAAUAAGGAUACCUGCAAAGGCGAUGGGGGCAGUCCUCUGGUGUGUCCCAUACCCAACGUAGAAGAUCGAUAUGAACAAGUGGGUAUAGUAUCCUGGGGCUUGAAAUGCGGUCUGAGGAAUACUCCAGGGGUGUAUGUGAACGUAGCUACUUUCAGCGAUUGGAUUGACAGGCAAAUGGAACAAUUAGGCUUCGAUACGCUUAUUUAUAGGUAUUAAUAAUGUAUAAUUAAAAAAUAAAAAGUUUGACUGA